AUGCUGAUUUGAACGUAUUGCCUCACGGCUUUUCCGUUCAAAAUCGGUAGGCUUUUAGUUCAUAUCUAUGGGCAUCUUAAGAAUUAUUUUGGCUUAGAAUUAGGGCAUAUUUAUCAGUUUAUACGCUGAAGCCGCUCAGCACUGGACAAKACCUCAUUGGUUCASCAACAAGGAUAACAUGAGCCACGCUGCACCAGGCCAACUAGAGGCCUAUAACAGCCUCCAGGAUAAACACCUGGCUGGGUACUUUAACAACAAUCGUAUGAAGAAACAUCUUGUGAAGUCAGGACUGAUAACUAAAAAAGGUAAGCUCAUAGAUGAAAAAACCUACAGACUCAAUAUGGCCAAGAAAGAACAUAGAAAGCAUGUUAGAGACCUUUUAGCUACAGCAAUCCUACAUAAAGCUCUUGAUUUGGAGCGGGACAGACAGUAUCAAAUCAGGAAACGUUUGGAUGAGAUUUACAAAGUGGAGCUAGUCAGAAGGGUGAAGGAUGAAAGAGGUAGAAAAGGUGAUGAGCACAUUCUUCCAUUACUGACUCCACGUGAAAGAUCAGCCAGACGUAAAGCACGGAAACAUGUCAGACCUUCAACUGCACCAGCAGGAUCAUCACAAGACAUGAGUGCAGCUCACCCAUCAGAUAUCCAGUAUGAUGAAGCCACAGGGAAACUCUGCUACACUGUUGAAAGUGGUCAAGAAACUGCGAUGAAUGCAUACUUGAGAGAUGAUUCUGAUCCUAACUCACCAUACACAAGAGCAUAUCCUGRUACAUACCCUGUCCCYGCUCCUCCCCCCACAGGUACUCCACGCAGRACUAGACCCAGUACUUCCUCAGCCACACGCAGGAAAACUAGACCACAUAGGUUUCAUUAUCUUGCAAGGACAGAACCUGCUGUAGCUCAUCGAGUACAGUUGCAGUCCAUGGCAGAGGUCACUAUGAAGUUCCUUGGUCCCAGUCUGACUCUAACUAACAGUAUGUUUCCUGAGGAUCGAUUAUGUGAAGUCAUGGUGUUACAGCAACACUGUGGUGGAAGUACGCUGUGUGUAUUUAGAGAACUUUUACCGCCGAACACUAUCUUUACAUUCAUAUCGCGCCGCCAUCGUGGUUCACCGUUUGGUUUGACAUUGUACAUCGAUUCCAUGCAAGAUAUUAGACUGAGCUCUUGUUGUGAAUACAAACAUAAACCUGGUCAUAUACUAGGGGGUCGUAAUGGACACUUCCAGUUUGUACAGGUUGAAGGAGCUGCACCCUGUUACAAGUGCCAAAUUGCUUCUGGUGUCCGAAGUCCCAGAGAAAAACAGUCUAGUAAACAAGAGAACGAAGACAAUGAUGAUAAAACAUUCAUGACAGAGGAGGAAGGAGACAGCCAGUCUUUUGAUGUAAUCAUAACCAAGGUUGAACCCAACGAAAAUGAAGGUGUUGAACGYAUAACGAUUGAGCGAACUCCAAGUGGUUAUAAGAUGACUGUUCCUAGUCAUUCUCAAGAGACAACUGACAGUGCCACACAGACACCUCGUGAUGAMGAACAAGAAAAAACAGAGACCGAAGACCCCGCSCAAGAAAAACCUGAAGAGCUGAAUGCUGAAGAUAAUAGUAAAGAGAAAGAAGAAGAAAACGAUGAAAAGUACGAGGAUGAUGAGUUCGAAGACGACGAAAAAGACGAAGGAAAAGAAAAACAUGAAGACACUGAAAAGCAAGAAGAAGAACCAGUGAAAACAGACGAGUACAAAGACGAUUUUGAUUCUGAUCGAGAAGACCGAGCUAAAGACUCAGACGAGGAAGAAACAAAGGGUGAUAAAAGCAGCACCAGCAGUAGUAGUAGUAGUAGCAGCAGCAGCAGUAGUAGCAGCGAAAGCAGCGACGAAGAACAAAACACCAAGACAAAAAGGAAAAAGAAGAAAAAGAGAAAGAAAAUCGAGAAAGACAAUCAAGAAGAUGUGGUAGAUAAGACAGAAGAAAAGAAACUUGAUGAGAGCGAMAAGGAAGAUGAAGUAGAAGAUGAAACGGAAGAAAGAAAAAAUGAAAAGAAAGAAAAGGAAAAUGAAGAUGAAGAAAAAGUAGAGGAGGAUGUGGUCGACGAAACUGAAGAAAAGAGAGACAACCAGAAAGAACAGAUUGAUACUGAAGAAGGAGGCRAAGACGUCGUAGAUGAAACCGAAGUAAAGAAAGAUGAAAUAAAAAAUGAGAAAAAUGAAAGAGACGAAGACGAAGGAGUAGUGGAUGAAACGGAAGGAAGGAAAACUGAAGACAAAGAGGAUGGAAAAGAGGAAGAGGUUGACGUUGUUGAUGAGACAGAAGAGUCUWYUCCAAAUAAGCAAAAUMAACAAGACGACAAUCCAGUCGAGAAAGUUGAUGAUGAAACCGAAACCGAGUCAAAACAGAAGGACAAGGAAGGUGAGAGUGAUUCYGAYUCGGAAAUGAAGCGMGCUAACAGAACAGUCUCCUUUGACGAAGACGUUAAAAUCAUUGACGACGAGAAAACAUCUGAUGUUCCCGAUGAAAAUGACAUUUCUUCGGAAGACGUCGGCAAGCCUUCGGACAUUCCCGAAGAACCAGAGGAAGAAAGCACAACUAAAGCCGAUGACGUUUCCUCGGGAGACGUCGACAAACCUUCAGAUACCCACGAAGAAGAUAAACCAAUAACGAAUGAUACCUCGGGAGACGUCGACAAGCCYUCRGAUACCCACGAAGAAGAUAAACCADUAACGAAUGAUACCUCGGGAGACGUCGACAAGCCYUCGGAUACCCACGAAGAAGAUAAACCAGUAACGAAUGAUACCUCGGGAGACGUCGACAAGCCCUCGGAUACCCACGAAGAAGAUAAACCAGUAACGAGUGAUACCGAAGAAAUGCCGAGUGAUGACGUAGAUAUGUCAGCUUUGACUGACGAGAAGAAAGGCGAAGACGGCACGACUGCAGACGAAGAGGACACGAAGAAAACCGAGGAAAGUCCUGCGGUUGAUGAUAGUCUAGAGGUUGUUUCACCAGAGCCGCCAUCAGACAGUGAUAGUAGCAGCGACAGUAGCAGCAGUGACAGCAGUGAUAGCGAGGAUGAAAAAGACGAACCCGAUCACGAUCCUGGUAAUGAUCCUGACCUCGUCGCAGGGGAAAAGCUGCCCGACCAGGCCUUGAAAGUAAUUGGAGUACAGCCUGGGGCCAAGCAUCAAGGUUCCAUACUACCAUUAGUUGAAGACAAAAAAGAUAUUGAGCUGACUAGCCUACAACUGGAACCUGAACAGGUUGAGGAAUUGGUUGAUGUUAUCGCYAAGAAGAACGAUGUUGGAUCCAUUACACUACGCAACACUGGUAUCGACGACGAAGCUAUUGAGAAACUAACCAACGCCUUACAUCAAUCCAAUACCGUYAAGAUGCUAAACUUAAACGUGAACAAAAUAGGACCAGAGGGCUCUGAACACAUUGCUAAUCUGUUGAAAGAAAACAGGUCCAUACGAAUGCUGCUACUUCAUGGUAAUCCAAUCAGUGAUAUGGGUGUCCAUGCUAUCCUGGAUGCCAUCAUUACCACCAAAGAUACUUCAAUAACUAAUUUGGACCUUGGGGACUGUCAGAUGGGUGAUGCUGGUGCCACAGAUAUCGCGCGAUUACUGCUUAAUAAUACCACAAUCACGGACUUGACGAUUAGUGGGAAUAAUAUUGGUCUUAGUGGAUGGAGAAUCAUUAGCAGUGCWUUGGAACAGAACACCACACUGAAAUCAUUAUCAUUAGAUUUUAGUAAUAUCCGAGACGAWGAAGCCGUUAUCUUAGCAGACGGUAUMAAAGARAACAAAGGACUUCGUUCACUAGACUUAGAGGGUAAUAAGAUAGGUGAUGAGGGUGGUAGAAGCUUAUUAGAUGCAAUCAAGAUCAAUACAACACUUGUAGACCUCACCCUUAUGCCUAUGAAUGAGAUAUCAAAAKAUAUCCACGAUGAGAUCAAGGCUUUGUUAGAUGGACGGUCUAAAACUCCUAGUAGAGUAAGUUCUGCUAAUGGAUCCAUUCGAAGYUCUCUGUCUACUAAAGAYGGGAAUGAUGAAAAGAAACCCCCUACAGAGCCUACACAACAAGAAACAGAAGAAACAACACAAGCUGAAUCAAACACAWCCAGCAACAYUAACGACGACGCUUCACAAGAGGCUGCCUCAAAGAAUGACGAUAAGACCGCCAGCAUUGAUGACGAUGUAGACGCAGUACAUGUUGAAGGAAGCUCUUCCCUAGAGGUAAAGAAAGAAGAUACAAUAGAGAAUGGACAAGUGCCACAUAGUGAAAAGACAAAAGAACAAGUGAAACAAGAUAAAUAACUCAGUCUGUAUUUGAACACAAAUCUGAUAUCAAUAUAGAGUUAGGUUGCCAUCAUAGAUAAUCAUAGGGUUUGAGGUGGUUACAUUUUUCUACACUAGCCUUAAUAGCAUGCUGCACUUGGUUAUAAAGGUGAGAGAAUGUUGGAAAGAAAAAUAUGAUGAUCUCAACCCACUUCUACAAUACCUUGAGCGUUUAAUAGAAAAACGAAUUGAACAUUAUAGUUUGAAUAUAAAUCCCACUUCUCAUGCAUUCUAUUCAUUAUUGACUUGAGAUUGUGCUCCUAUUUCUGUAGCAAGGAAUGAUUGGCAAUAUUAAGGUCUUUUAUUCACUGGUUAAUGAUUUUAUGCAAUCUGUGUUUCAAAUAUAAAUGAGUGCAAUAUAUUUUCGAUAGUUAUUAGAAUCCUAUGCAUCACUGAUGUUUUGAUUUGUAUCAUUAUUUAACGGCUGCAUGCAUAUAAUCACUGUACAUACUGUUAAUAGUUUUUAACUGGUUUAUUUUCUUGCAUUUGAUUAUUAAACAGAGUUGACACAUA